AUGACGCCUGCUGUUGAUAUUGCCGGCCGCUCUCCCUCGCACGGCGACGCCCUCGCCAGCGCCGUCCACAACACCCUCAACCUCUCCACCAGCCCCUCCGCUGCCUUCCACUCCCCGCCGUCCAGCUAUGGCGCCGAAGCGAGAAACCAGGCCUCUGCCGCCCGCGCGAAGCACCUGAAGCCCUUCGCGACCCAGGACAUCAAGGUGCUCCUGCUGGAGAACGUGAACCAGACCGGACGGGAAAUCCUGCAGGGCCAGGGCUACCAGGUCGAGUACCUGAAGAGCUCUCUGCCCGAGGACCAGCUCAUUGAGAAGAUCCGGGACGUGCACGUCAUUGGCAUUCGCUCCAAGACCAAGCUGAACGAGAGGGUGCUCAAGGAGGCCAAGAACCUCAUUGUCAUCGGCUGCUUCUGCAUUGGCACCAACCAGGUCGACCUCGACUACGCCGCCGCCAACGGUAUCGCCGUCUUCAACUCGCCCUUCUCCAACUCGCGCAGUGUCGCCGAAUUGAUCAUCUCCGAGAUCAUUGCCCUUGCCAGGCAGCUCGGCGACCGCUCCAACGAACUUCACAAUGGUGUGUGGAACAAGGUCUCUGCUGGUUGCUGGGAGAUCAGAGGAAAGACCCUCGGUAUCAUUGGUUACGGCCACAUUGGUAGCCAGCUGUCGGUUAUGGCUGAGGCCAUGGGUAUGUCGGUCAUCUACUAUGACGUGAUGAACCUGAUGGCCAUGAGCACUGCUCGCCAGAUGAACUCGCUGGAUGAGCUCCUUGCCGGCGCCGACUUCGUCACCCUCCACGUCCCCGAGUCUCCCGAGACCAAGAACAUGAUUGGUGCCGAGCAGCUCGCGAAGAUGCGCAGCGGCAGCUACCUCCUCAACGCUAGCCGUGGCAGUGUUGUCGACAUCCCCGCUCUGAUUGACGCCAUGCGCAGCGGCCACCUGGCUGGCGCGGCUCUUGACGUGUACCCCAACGAGCCGGCUGGCAAUGGCCCCUACUUCAACUCUGAGCUGAACCCGUGGGCGGAGGAUCUCCGCAAGCUGAAGAACAUCAUUCUGACCCCCCACAUCGGUGGCUCGACCGAGGAGGCCCAGAGCGCCAUCGGUAUCGAGGUUGCCAGCGCGCUGACCAAGUACGUUAACGAGGGCAACACGCUCCAGUCGGUCAACAUGCCCGAGCUGGCCCUGCGCUCGCUCACCACCGACGAGCCCAACCAUGUGCGUGCUUGCUUCAUCCACAAGAACAUUCCUGGUGUGCUGCGUCGCGUGAACGAUAUUCUUGGUGACCACAACAUCGACAAGCAGACUGUCGAUGCUAAGGGCGAGGUUGCUUACCUGCUCGCCGAUAUCUCUGAUGUCAACGAGGCGGAGAUCAAGGCUCUGUACCAGGAGCUCGAGGACCUGCAGUCCAACAUCAGGACUCGCGUCCUCUACUAA